GGGUGCAAACAUACAAGGGAGGUCUUUGUAGUAAGUUGAGACGCUUCGGCUGCAGCUUUUUCCAACAGAGAGAAGAUGCACAACUGGCAGGAGAACGAAAUUAAAGAACUUCUGACCAUCCGGGGGUCGGAGUCGAUCCGUAACCAGAUCACGGGCACGGUGAAGGACUCUGUAGUUUACAGCAGGAUCACCAAACAACUAUCGGAGCGGGGGGUGUUCAGGUCACACAUGCAGGUGAUCAGCAAACUGAAGGCGCUGAGGAAGCAGUACCUCAAGUAUCACCAGCAGAAGAUCCGCUGCGGGAGCGACCGAGUCGACUGGCCGUUUUACGAGCAGUGCCACCGGGUGUUUGGGAACGCCCCCGCCGUGAACCCGGUGAAGCGCCAGCGGAGCCCCUCUCCUCCACCUGCAUCCUCACCGCCGCCGUCGCCGCCGCCACCGCCUCCGACUCCUCCGCCGCCGACGUCCGCCCUUAGCGACGAGCACCAGGAGGUGGUGGUCGGCCUCUGGGACGAGGUCGAUAAGCACCUGGGUCCCGUGGAGGCAGAGGACGACGAGGACCAGUACAGUCCACCAGAACCGCUGCACACCAUCAACACCUCGUACAAGGUUCCAACAAAAAAAAGGAAAACAACAGUAAUGGACCAAGUCUCCGCUUUAGUUUCGGCCACUGUGGCCCAGCUCAGCGAGAUGGACGCAGCUAUGCAGGCGCAGGAGGACGCCCGGCUGCAGAGGUUAAUGGACCAUGAGAGGGAAAUGCAGAACAAUCUAAUGAGUCAGCUCGCUGUCAUGCAUGAACGGAUCAGUCGAGAAAACCACGAGAGACAGCUGGAUCUUGUCGACAGGAUUCUCUCUAGAUUCCCCUCACCUUCGGGCCGCUGAUGGACCCUUCUUUGCGUGAGCAGUGAUGGUGUGUGACAGGGUUUUUCCAGGUGCAGGGACCAUUUUUGACUCUGCCCUCCACCAACUGACUAGUGCCUGACACCCCCACCCCCCACCCCCUUUUACUAUUUCCACUGCAUUGCAAAUCAACUCACUGAUAUCAUCUGGCCUUUAAACUCGACUCUACUCGCCUGCAGCUGAAACAGAUUCAGGUUAAAACCAUAGGCUCUAUAUCAAAAUGAAAAGUGAAUCCUUGAAGUUGGCUGGAAGUAGCUGUUGUCCUCCAAGGGGCAACUUCACUGGUGGCAAAUAGAACUCCCAUGUAAGAGUGCAUGUGCUCAAGCUCUAGUUUGAGGUCUUCUUCAAUAGAACAGGAUGUUGAGGAUGUUCCAAUCAGAGGAAAUUGACUGCUAGUAUUGUCCGAUAGGUGCUUGGCGGCAGGUAACAUCAGUGAACGUCCACUUUCAAAAACUGACAUGAACAUCUGAUCGGUCAAAUCAAAAUCAAGAGGCUUUAAAAUGGGAGUUUGUUUUGCAACCAGAAGACUACGUCCAUUUUUAUAAGCGGUCUACGGCUAAAACCAGACCACGUUCACACUAACGCCCCCCCCCCCCCCCGUGCUCUGUUGUGAUUCACUGCUCAUGUUUUCAUCUGUACAGUUUUAAUGAACCCAGAGACGAACCACAUCACAACAAACUGACACAAAUGAACAUGAACAAUAACCAAACAAUGACUUGAAAGGAACGGAGACACUGAUGUAACAUCAGUCCACUUCUGCAACAGUUUGUUAAAUACUUAUUGUAAUACAAUACACAAACAACUGUUACUAGUACACCAUUCGAUCUUCCUGUGAGUUAUACUAAAGGUCCAAUCGUCUUACACUUUCACAACAGUUUUUAAUUGAACCUUUUUGUAUAUUCAUUUUAGUCAUUUGAUUAUUUUUGUACUUUUAGUCUAGAUGACAACACUGGCAGACAUAACAUUGGUCAGGUGUUUGUAUUCAUGUAGAGCAACAGGUCAAGACGUUAAAUCAACUGAUAUUUUGGGCAGAUGAGGAUUUAUGUAGCGUGUGCACGUCCUCAGUCAGUUCAGUUUAACACACAAUAUACAUUUACGAGUACAGCAAUUUUGUUACUAUUUGUCAUAGUUUUAACUAAAUUAACUGAGGAAAAUGAUUUCUUGGCCAUCAGACCUGCAAAAAUCGACACUCACCGGCCACUUCGUAGGUAUUUGAAUCUCUCUUCUGCUGCUGAAGCCAGUCUGCUUCAAGGUUUGUUUCCAGUGUUUCCCAACCCUGCUGCUGAACACUGAACACUGCCCCGCUCCAACACACCUGAUUCAAAUGAACGGCUCGUCAUCGAGCCCUGCAGACGCCUGAUAACGAGCUGUUCAUUUGAAUCAGGUGUGCUGGAGCCCUGAGGACCAGGGUUGGGAAACACUAGUUGUAUCAUGAUAUUGAAUCAUUGCCCAGUCCUAAUUGGCAGUAAUGAGUGUUGAAGAUUUACUGUUGCCUUUGUGUCAUUUCAAACCACGCUGGUCAUUCACCUCCGACGCCUGACAUCAAGGCAUCACGAGAUAAUUUCUCUUUUGCUGCCCGUUCUGUGUGAUGAAAAUUGUGUUAUCCUGUUAAAGCUAUAGUGCGGAACCCUCAAAUUUGUUGUGUCUAAAAAAAAAUUAAUCCCACAUGGCAAUCUCUGAAAUACACCAACAACCGUGUCACAUUCAAAGUCCCUUAAAUCAUCUUUCUUUCCCAUUGUGAUGCUCAGUUUGUCCACAUGCUCUAAAUGCCUCGAGUUGGUGGAUAAGACAAGCAGCUGAACAAGUGUACCUAAUAAAGUGGCUGGUGAGUGUAAAGCUAGUGAUUUAACACAGAUUUCAACAUGAAGGGAUUGCGAUGUAGAAAAAAAAAAGCCAAAAACAUUCACACGAACUGAUAACGUUUGAAAUUGAGAUUUAUUUAAAAAAAAAAAAUCCAGAAAUACCUGUCAGGUGCUGUGAUCACAAAUGUAGAGGUGCAUUUUUACAAACAAAAGAAUAAUGAUCUCAAAUCGCUGUGGUUGGUGUCAUUCUUGGCUGACACGGAAUUCCCGGUUGCGUUUACUGUCGCCGGCAAUCCGGGAGAAAACGUGUCAUUGAGGAAAAACACCCUCUGUCGUCUGAAACCUAAAGAUCUGUCACACAACAAUAAACUCUCUCCAAACUGUCAGCAAUGCAUUAAACUGCCUACAUAUUGUUACUUUCACUUUUUGUUUGUUUUAGCAGAAAGAAAAUCGGAAAUCCUUCCACCUACCAGGAGCUUUUGUGAAUGAAAAUGAGUUCAUUUCAAGCUAAAUACACUUUGUCCACGUGGUUCAAGUCAACAUAUUGCACAUACUUUUAUACUGUUCUUUACUAUUACCAGUGUUUUACUUUUUAAAUAUGUUACUGUGUUUUUUAAGGAACAAUAAAGUUUUCAGCUGGUAUAACAUUCA